AUGCACAGACCACAUUUGUUCAAGGAGAUUUCACUUCUUCCUAUCGAGGGUUGGUACUUGCAUUGCAGCUGUUCGGAUCAGCACUUCAGCGGCAUAUCGCCUCAGCCAAACCCCUUCUAUCACCACAUAUUUCCCAUAUCUAUUUUUUCCAUAGAGGCAGUCAUCGUAUUUAUACAAAAUGGCUGGAGGCUUCCAAAGAGCGCUGCCAAUUGGGCUUACAAUAUUCUGCGGCGUUUUGAGUGGCUUUUACACAUUCAAGCCUGUAUUUGCUCCUAA